AUUUCUAAACAAUUGAAGCACAUUGCGUCUCUGUGACCUUGUCAAUUCUUUGUAUUUUUUUGUUAGUCUAAUUAAUUAAUUUUCCAUUCUAGAACAAUUGAAGAAAUGUUGGGUUGAUGCCGCAUGUUUUCUUUUUUCAGGAUGAAGGCACGUGAGGGUCUAUUGAAGUGCAAGGAACUUGGCCUAUCAAAGAAUGAGAUGAGGAAGCUUCUACCCAUUGUAGAUGCCAGCUCAUUUGAUUCAGGAGCUUUUGAUGGCGUUCUUGAGCUUCUGGUUCGAGCAGGUAAAAGUCUCCCCGAAGCUGUCAUGAUGAUGAUACCUGAAGCAUGGCAAAAUGACAAGAAUAUGGAUCAUGAUCGAAAGGCCUUGUAUGAAUAUUUCUCAGCUCUAAUGGAGCCAUAGGAUGGGCCUGCUCUUAUAUCAUGUAAAUGGCUUUCCAUAGAAUUUUGAACACAUUUGUAUAUUAGUCUUAUAUCAUGCAAAUUCAUCUCC